ACCUAAUUUGAGGGUGUUUUAAAAUAUAUAACGUGUUCUGACGUAAACCACGUAACUAUAAAUGCAGUUUUACUUGUUGUCAAGUGGUUAGAACAGGUUUUAUCGACAUGUCCUUUUGUAAAAUCCCACUACGAAGCUCGCUCGCUAACAGUUAGCUUCUUCUGGGUGAAUUUAACCAGAAUUAGACACACAGAACGGGACAUGUCGCAACUUCCCCUUCAAAACAAAUGCUACAGAGGUGGGAACAUUUUUUGUGUGUGGCAAACAACAUUGGCGUGGGCUACUUAAUGCCAUUUUCUUUCAGGAAAUACUCUCCUAUGAAUUUAGUGUGAUUUUCUUGGUCAUAAUACGCUGCAACAUAACAAUGUUUGCUAGCUGAGCUUUAGUUUAGAAGCGAUAACCGGAAGUCAAUGUUUUCGCAGCCGCGCUUGACAGUGAUGCUUAGAAAUGCCUUGAUCAUCUUCCGUGUUUGUGUUUUGUGCGCAGCAGCCAAGGGUAUUUAAAUCCGGGGACAAUGAAAUCUGUUUAGCCGGGACAGUUCUAUCUUUUCAAGUCUAUAUGAAGUUUAGCCAGCAUCCUCUGAGUAGCGGAUUUAGCUAACGCUGCGUAGCCGGUCAGCUUGUUUUACAAGGUUGACGGAAGAUGCUGUGCGCGUUUGUUGUGAUUGCUACGAUCUGAUUGUCUGUAUCCCCGAGACAGACCUCGGGUGGUCAUUUGGUUAAUACAGCACGUUUAUAGUUGGCUGUCUAUUACGGCCAGGUCACAUCUGACAAUGCAUCAUUUGGUCUCAGAGAUGCCGAGAUGCCACCAGCAGUCACCUUGAGCUGUGAGGUCAUGGCAGCUGCCGGCGUGAGCAGACCUGGCGGUGCCCAGACCACUGAGAAGUCUCAGUUGAUCUUGAAAGUGGUGUCGGCGAAGCCCCAGUCUCCCAAGCUGCCAAACCGUCACUCUCGACUCAGCUCCUUUGUCGAGGUGACGGCAGACGGCCUGACCAGCGAAACCAAAAAAACUGGCAAACGCAGCGGCCACCUCGAGCUGCAGUGGAACGAAGACCUCACCCUUAAUGUGACGCCUCAGAGUCGUCUAGAUCUGAAGCUGUGGAGCUGCCACACACUCAGGAAGGAGCUACUGGGCAGCGCCACCAUAGACCUGCUGGACACGCUGCGCACUCACGAUGGCAAGAUGGAGAACGUCCAGCUGAAUCUGGUGCUGCAGACGGAGAACAAAGGCUCGGUUGUAGCGGGAGGCGAGCUCAACGUCUGUCUGGACGGCAUGGUUGUUGAUCUGGGCAUGCUGCCCAAUGGCAGCACGGCAGCAGACAGUGAGUCCCGCCUUUUACCACACACACGCAUGCACACACACAAAUGCACAUAGGUGAAGGUAAUAACCCAGAAAUGCACAGAGAAACACCUAGAGUAGCAAUCACAUCAAGGCCAUGUGCACAUGCUGGACAUGUGUAUCACUGCUGUUGUGUGAAAUUUGACACUUUCACAUAACUCCUCUAAAGAAGUGAAUUGUGACUUUAUUGUAUGAAAGUUUAAAAAACUCGUAUCAAAGUGAUUAAUUCAUAACAAAUCUCUGAAAAACCUUAGAACUUUUCCGCUUAUUAAACAAAAGUGCAGGGCGAAGCUAAGACUGUUUUUCACUGAUUCAGUGACGACAUAGUAAAGGGAACACGCACACACUGUUUUCCUACAGGAGUCCAGACUUAUUAAUACAGAAUACGCCACAAUAUUAAAGCAUUUCUCCUCCUCUCACUCUUUCCCUUCCCGUGUCGCCUAAACGUUUGUUAAUAUUGCCAACAACUGCGCAUACACAUGCAUUUGUUUGUACAGGAGGAUAUUUGUGUGUCUGGUAAUGAGCGUUUUUUACCCCGCUUGGAAAAAGUCAGAGGCUUGACAUUGUGUGAAUGACAACUCUACGAAGUCUUUUCUUACCCUCAUGCUGUUUGUACCCACCCACAUUUUGGUCUUUGUUAUGGUGAAAUUAGAGAUUUCUUUCUUAUUGUGUAAGUAGUAAAAGAGUUGUACGAUUGUAUAACAGAUUAUUGUUAUUGUUCAAUCUCUUACAGUUAUAGUAUCUAUUAAAGUAAAGGUGUUGAAUCAACCUGAAGGGGUCCAUUUCACAAUAAAGACCCGCUAGCUGUACCGUACCACGCUUAUUACACAGCUACUUAUUAAAGACAUCAAUAAUUAGACACAGAAUAUCGAGUAUUCAACAAAGCUGUAAAAUCUGAUCUGACCCAAACAGUUUUCAUUUUGACAUGACGUUCUUCAAUCCAUUAUAUUUUUAUCGUACAAUACUGAUAGGAAUCACAUAUUGUGAAUUUAUUCUAAUGCAACAUUUAAGCAGAUGCCUCCGAUUUUUAGAUUAUAAUCUUGAGAUUAAAAAUUGCUUAUUCAAAAUAUUAUUAUUAUGUUAAUUAAAAAUGUAAAUUUAAUAACAUGCAAGUGAAAACACAGAAUCUUUAAAGCUGAAGUGUACUAAGCAUUGUUGGACUACGUGUGUGUGUGUAUGUAUGUAUGUAUGUAUGUGUG